AUGGAUCUCCCCAAACCGCCGAGGGCGAAUCCACUGGCUUUUACGCCUUGGCCGGUCACACUAAUCACCGCGGCCGUGUAUUUGGCCUUCGUCAUCCCUUUGCUAGUCGUCCACCAUGUCGUACCAUCCGCCCCCAGUCCGACCCCCAGUGGCCUGAACCUCACCGAUGCGUGGAGCGAUCUCCAAGUCCUGACGUUUGGAUACCGCCCGUAUAACUCGCGCCAAAACGACAAGAUCCACGAGUGGCUGCUACAGCGUAUCGACGAAAUCCUCGACACCGCCAACGCCGACGAGAAGAGACCGGACACUUUCGUCUUCGACGACACGCGCUCGAACCUGACGUUUGCCCGUGACGAUCUCGCAGUCUAUUUCGAAGGCACCAACAUACUUGUGUAUAUCCGUGGCGAGGAAGAUGACACAGAGCAAUGGUGGGAGCUCCCCGAGGGACGCCCCAAAUCUAAGGGUGGUGUGCUGGUGAACGCGCACUACGAUAGCGUCUCGACGGGAUAUGGUGCGACAGAUGACGGAAUUGGAGUGGUCACUUGCCUGCAACUCAUUAAAUAUUUCACAACGCCGGAACAUAAGCCGAGGAGGGGGUUGGUGGUGCUGCUUAACAACGGCGAGGAGGACUUUCUGAACGGGGCGCGCGUAUAUAGCCAGCAUCCGCUGUCGAGAUUCCCGCACACAUUUUUGAAUUUGGAGGGUGCGGGCGCUGGCGGCCGCGCUGUGCUCUUUCGCAGCUCUGAUGCUGAGGUUGCUGCCUCUUAUAUGCGAUCACAGCACCCUUUUGGGUCUGUGCUAGGCUCCGAUGGGUUCCAGACAGGACUGAUCCGGAGUCAGACGGACUAUGUGGUAUUUGAGGGUGACUUGGGACUUCGUGGUCUCGAUGUCGCAUUUUUGGAGCCGAGAGCUAGGUAUCACACGGAUCAGGAUGAUACUAGGCACACCAGCAGGGAUUCCUUGUGGCACAUGUUGUCAACGGCAGUCGCGACAACAGAAGGCUUGGUGUCUGACUCGAGCGAUCGAUUUGAGGGCCCGCCUAGGACUGACGGCAAGAUCGCAAGUGGUACUGGGUCUCAGGCUGUAUGGUUCGAUCUGUACGGGAGCGCGUUUGUGCUCUUCCGCCUACAUACUCUGUUUGCGCUAUCGGUCACUCUCCUAGUGGUGGCCCCGUUGGUUUUGCUUUUGACGAGUAUCAUUCUCACAAAGGUCGAUAGAAUGUAUCUUUUCAGAACGAAGGUACGCCCAGAGGGUAGCCAAGAGGUGCUCUCUCUAUACGGUGACCGGGGAUUCAUGAGAUACCCUUUCUUGCUUGGAAUUCCAACCGCUGUUGCUGUGACCCUGGCGUACUUGCUCACCAAGGUCAACCCAUACAUUAUUCACAGCAGCCAAUACGCAGUGUGGAGUAUGAUGAUAUCCGCCUGGACCUUUUUCGCCUGGUUUGUAUCCCGUGUCGCCGACUUUGCUCGGCCAUCUGCGUUCCACCGCGUCUAUACCCUCACCUGGACUUUUGUCCUUAUGUGGUUUCUGCAAGUCAUUGCUACUGUUUACCAAGACCGCUGGGGACUGGCGGGAAGUUAUUUUAUCUUCUUUGGAUUUUCAGGAACGUUCCUGGCUACUUGGAUCUCGUAUCUUGAGCUCUUUUCCCUGCCCCGGAAAUCGGACUAUGCAAACCAACUACGGCCGGUGUCAAGACGAGCCAGCAGCUAUGGUAGCCGGCUUGGAGGACCGUCCGACGAUGAUGAGGGAGAUGAAGACGGGAACGAUGAAGAGCCGACAGAGUCGACCUCACUGCUUGGUAGCCGGCAGCGAACUACAUUCGCGAAUUACGUUCGCGUGACUCCAGACAAUGCAGACCAAACAGAUAGCGAGGAUCAUACGCGUGACAUCAAUGUGUACGGCCUCGAGCAGCGAUGGAGCGCAUCCUUGCCAAAAUGGCUAUGGGUGUUGCAAUUCCUUCUCUCCGCUCCGAUUGUCCUCAUCUUGGUUGGAUCUCUGUCCUUACUGCUGACCAGUGCACUCAAUCAGACUGGACAGGAUGGAAGCUCUACGCUAUUCAUCUACCUUGCUAUUGCCGUAUUCACAACACUUCUCCUCAACCCUGUUUUACCGUUCAUUCAUCGGUACACCUACCAUAUUCCGGUUUUCCUGCUGGCUGUCUUCGCCGGGACCCUGAUCUACAACCUCGUUGCCUUCCCAUUCUCAGACUCUAAUCGGCUGAAGCUAUUCUUCCUCCAAGAAGUAGAUCUUGAUACUGGCGUGAAUACUACGUCAUUGACGGGUGUUCAGCCGUUCGUCUAUGAUGUUGCCGUUGGUUUACCGAGUGCAGCGGGACAAAACGUCACUUGUGAAACCCUUGGCGAUAGAACGAAGUGUUCCUGGGCAGGGAUUCCUCCACAGGUCGUCCCAGAGGACAAGCGUCUGGAAGACUGGCUUUCCUUCGAAAUCUCCAAACCCACCGAUAAGCCUCGCCACGCCCAGUUCAAUAUUUCUGGCCAGAACACCCGCGCUUGCAAGAUUCUCUUUGACACCCCAAUCAAGGGCUUCCAUGUUGCCAACUCCGCAUACGACCCACGGUUCCCCAACACUUCCCCGAAGGGAAUUAAAGAAAUCCGGCUCUGGAGUCGUACAUGGGAAGAUACAUGGACGGUAGACGUUGAAUGGUACAGCCCCGAAAGUGCAGACCCCAGUGUCACCCUAGGUCCCCUGACCGGAAAAGUCGUUUGCCUCUGGAGCGACUAUAAUCAGCGGGGCGCCAUUCCCGCACUGGAUGAGGUACGACAGUACGGCCCCGGCUGGGUGGGUGUAAGUAAAGUAGCCGAUGGGCUUGUGGAGGGCCGCAAGGCGUUUGAGAUUAGCUAG